AUGGGCUCCAUGGUCAUUGCUUCCAGUUUAGCCAUUGCCCAACGAGACGGAUGGACCGGCGAACAACUCAUCCGGGCCAUCGUGGGCGGGUACGAGAUGGGAGCGGUCUUGGGAUAUUCGAUUCGAGGAGGAGGGCAAUUCAAUACUCAUUUCCGCAGCACCGCUCUGAUCGGCUCGUUUGCGGCUGCGGGGGCCCUCUGCGCAGGUAACAUCCCCGAAGAUGAGGACACCGUCAUGCGAAUCUUGUGCUUUGCAAUUAACAUGGCUUGCGGGAUCAAUGCAUGGGCACACACGGGAGGCAGGGAAAUUUAUAUCCACAACGGGUCUGCCAGUGCCGCCGCCAUCACCAGCUACGACCUCGGUCGCACUGGGAUCUUCGUCAGCGAUGCCGUCCUCGAAGGCAAGGACGGCUACUUCGAAGCCCUGGGAGUCGACUCAAAUGGGCCCGGCCGCUUCAAAUCCUGGAUCGAAACCUCCUCGCUAGGUAGAGGGAUAGCUGAGACUCAUUUCAAGCCCGCAUCCUGCUGCAACUUCACGCAGGCAUCCACCGCCAUUGCGUUGAAGAUGCACAAAGAUUUCCGUGCCAAGAUCGCUAAUGUCGAAGACAUUGUCGAGAUUCACAUCACUACGACCCCAGGCGCCCUGGCCUACCCGGGCUGCGACAACGCCGGCCCCCUGGUCAGCGCAUCCAGCGGAAAACUAAGCAUCCAAUUCGGAAUCGGCGCGGCCCUCGCCUUCGGCCGCUUCGACGACGACACGUCCAGCCGCAUCGACGACCCACUGGUCAAUGGCCUCAUGCGCAAGAUGUCUGUGACCACAGACGUGGAGUUCGAAAAGAGCUACGCUAGGGGCCUGCAACCGGCCAAGAUCGAGAUCUUCUUCAAGGAUGGCACUGAGAUCGUUGAAGAGGUGUCAGAUGUCCCCUGGCUGGACGGGCCGGCGGUCACGGAGAGGUUCAUGCUAGAGAUUUCUCGUUGGUUGUCGGCGGAGAUGGCGCAGAAAUUGGUCCAGCGGUGUCGGCAGUUGGAGACGGCCACCGACGCUGGACGUGUGUUGCUUGUCUUUUGA